AUAGUAAUUCAACGAUCAUGGCGAGCAAUGGAGAGGACUUGGGGGGCCUCUCGCUGGACGAUGCGGCGCUGUCUGCAGCCCUACUGCCGGGAUUCUUGGACGAGCUGAAUGAUGCGGAUCUGCUGUCUCCAUCCGACGCCGGUUCUCCGUCUCAGCUACCACCGUUCGGUGGGUAUCAAAUGCCUUCGGGGACGUCUCGCACACCCAUUGUUGGCCACUUUUCGACGGCUAUCACGCCGUCUCCGACGCUAACAGGACUUUUAACAGAUUCACCAUCCUCUGAGCUACAUGUUGACACCUCUGUGGGCGGAAAUGAGGCCGAAAUGACGUUGAAAACGUCGUCGAAGGGUGUUUUGGAGGAGAAAAUGGCAGUAAACAAGCUGCCAAUGCAAAACUCGACGCGCAAACGGCAAAAAGAAGAGCUCGCCUACCUCCGCAACAAGGUCCAGACACUGGAACAAGAGAUGGAGACUAAACGACGGGAACUUAUGACCUCAAAAGGUCAAGAUAAAGAGAACAAAGCUCUUACAGUCCAGAUCAGAGGCCGACGAGGACGAGCCAUGCGGUGGCAACGCAUCGCCAAGCAUCAGUUGGUGGAGAAACAACGAGCCGAACUACAAAAUCUACAGCUGAGAGCGUCUCUCAUAGACCAGAUCAAACUGGCCCGUAGUUUACAGAAGCUACUUAAAAAGAACGCUGCCAGGAAGGACGAAGGUACGGAGGCUGCGCAGCUCCAAGCACGACUAGAGUUUAGUAAUUAUUGUACUGGAUCAAGUGAAGACUCGCUGUAUGAGAGCCUGCUACGAGAUAUGGACGCGGUGUUCUCAGAAGUGGACGUAAUCUGUGCUAGACACCCAGUCAUGCAGAGUCUAGAGGAAGGCUCCGGUGUCUCUAGUCUCCAUGUGGGUGAGACGGAGGCUCUGUACUUGGAAGCCACGAACUCCAAGGUAGUUCCUUUUGGGAUGGAGCAGACGUGUUCAGCAGUAUGGCGGUGCUUGUCGAAAGAUCACUUAAAGCUGGCGGACGGCACGUAUCAUGGAGUAGCUAGCUCAAUCGAUACUAUUCGUGCCAAGGCUCUCACAACGUUGCGAGUGAGCAAUACAGCCGCGCGUAUGCAGAUGCGAUUCGCUAUUAAGAAAUAUGUGGAGCCGGGGCGAGUGGUGAUCACUCUUCAAUGUGCCUCUGAGAGUGAGGGACCGCGCGACCUGCUUCAUGGACUCAAGAUGAUGCAGCGUGCGUGGGUUGUUAUUCGACCUGUGCCUUGUGAAGCGGAGGAUGGCGAUUUACCCUCUGAGGAGACUAUUAUUCAGCUGUGCAUGCGCCUCACCCCGUCAUUGUCAGCACGGGUCCUGGAUACUCCUGGUCAGCGCACUGGAGCGAUCACAGAGCUUCUGCUUGCAGCUGUCCACCGAAAUCUAGGCUGGUUGUUCCAAACGGUUGAGAAUAUUCUGAUGGAGCACAGUUUUGAAUCCACACCGAUUUAAAUGGAAUCUGUGGGAGUGCUAAAAGUUGAUUGUCAAUAAAUGUGUGUCAUUCUGUAGCUUCGAA